AUGGAUGACAUUAUUGUUUAUGGCAUUACCAAGGACGAGCGUGAUGAGAGAAUGGCUCAAGUUUUGGAGAUGAUAAGAGCUGCUGGAUUAAAGUUGAAUGAAAGCAAGUGCCUUCUGGGCCAGACAGAACUCACCUAUUUGGGACCCCACAUAGAUGAACAUGGGGAGGAGUACGUGACACUGGGAGCUGACUCCCAUUGGUCAGGCAUUCUCCUGGGGCUGGGGCUGGAGCAGGCCCACGGCCUGCAUGCAGACACCCGCCCAGUCCGUCUCUCGAAGCUGCGGACGAAUCGCGGAGGCUUGGGUUUCACACGUACUCCCCCCACCGGGUGUUUUAAGAGGCCCCCAGCUUUGCCAGACUCCUCUUCAGAGGAUGAGCAAGAUAAGGAGCUGGGGGCCAUCAGGGCGCUUAUCGCUCGCCUGGAAGCGUUGGAGGAGGAACGGGCAGCGCCAAGAGGGGACGAUGGGGGAGUUGGCCCAUCUGGGGUGCCCGUGCAAAUACAGAGGGUAUCCAGGGCUGCGAUGCGAGCUAAAUUAAUGCAGGGCUUUGCUGAUCGCCUAGCAGCGCUCGAGGCUAAUGCAUUGCCAUCACCCAGUCCGAGAGGACAUCACCCACGCCUGGAGGCAGCACAGAGGAACCUGACGGGCGAGGGUCUGGAUCAGAUCCCCAUGGCUACCAUUUUUCUACCAUCUUGAACAAGAAAAUGGUAGGACAAGGAGGAGAGGAAAGUGAUGUAACUACUCUCCAAAGUUUGGG